ACAAGCAGUGAUUUAUGUGUUAUACGAACUUGUGUUCAGCAUACGUGGUGAACAUAUUAGACGUCCGCUGACUCGUCGACCAGUGACAUCAAGUGGAUACAUAUAUAUGCACAACAUAUUGGACAGAGACCCUCAAAUCUUUAGAGAUGUGUAUAGAAUGUAUCCUGACGUGUUUCGAAAAUUAUGUAGCAUCCUAAAAGCGAAAACACCUUUACGGGAUACAAGACACAUUUGUGUUGAAGAAAUGCUUGCAACCUUUUUACUAGUUGUCGGCCAAAAUAAUCGAUACAGUGAAGCUCGGCUGAUAUUUGAGCGAUCUCAUUUUGCUGUUAGCAGAAGUUUCAACAAAGUCUUGAAGGCCUUGAAUACAAUAGCACCACAGUUUAUGGCUAAACCUGAAUCCAUACCACCUAACAUAAGAGAAAGUACAAGGUUCUAUCCUUACUUUAAGGAUUGUGUCGGAGCUAUAGAUGGCACGCAUAUUCCUGCAACGGUAGUUGGACGUGAGGUAAGCAGAUAUCGAAAUCGCCAUGGGAAGAUAUCACAAAAUGUAUUAGCAGCUUGUAACUUUGAUUUACAGUUCAUAUAUGUGAUUAGUGGAUGGGAGGGUUCCGCUCAUGAUUCAAAAGUGUUGAAUGAUGCGAUUUCUAGACGAAAUGGACUCAAAGUGCCACCAGGUAAAUAUUACUUAGGGGACUGCGGAUUCCCAAAUCGACGUCGGUUCCUAGCUCCAUUUCGAGGUACUCGAUAUCACCUCAAAGAUUUUGGUGGUGAAGGAAAUCAUCCUGUCAAUGCAAUUGAGUUAUUCAAUCUUCGCCAUGCUUCCUUGAGGAACGUAAUUGAGAGAAUAUUUGGAAUAUUUAAGUCGCGUUUCACAAUCUUCAAAUCAGCACCACCAUUUUUAUAUAAGACACAAGCAGAACUAGUUUUGGCUUGUGCAGGACUGCACAAUUUUCUUCGACAGGAAUGUCGUUCAGAUGAAUUUCCUCCUGAACCAGAAGAAGAUCCGAUAGACAAUCACGAAGAUAAUUUUGAAUGGGAUGAUUUUCAAACCCAAGAUCAGCAAAGAGAGAAUGCUAAUGAAUGGAGAAUGAGUAUUGCUACUCAUAUGUGGACAGAUGCCCAACCAAAUGCCAACAAUGAAAACAAUGACAAUCAAGAAAGUGAAAAUGAGGGAGAAGAAUAAAUCAUAUCAUUAUUUCAAAGACGUCUGCUUAUUUGGCAUGAAACUUCAUCAAUGUGUUUUUUUUUCCCUUCUCUUUUUUGGAUAUCUUUUGGUUUGGUUGAUUAUAUUUGGAGGCUUUUCCUUUAUUUUCUUAUAUGUUUGUUUCAUGACAUUAUUUGAGCUUCUCUGAU